UGCUUCUUUCCCCUAAAGCGUCAGGAGCCUCCGAACACCAAUGCAGGUGCAAGAAAGAGCAGAGCAGCUUAGCUCGUCGCCUCGACGCACGGCAGCAGUGGAUGCUACGCCAAACCGCCAGCCUACUCGCCACUACACGUCCCAUCCUUCCCGCCACAAGCAAGUUUCUCCGGACCUCGUCUCCUCCGCUCCUCCUCGGCGCCAUCGCUUCCUCCCACCAUGCGGCCGCCGACGCCCACCACCUGCUCGACGAAAGGCCUAGCGGGAGUGCCGGCGCCAUCGUACGCGCCCUCACCGUCUCCUCCUUCGGGGGCACGCUCCCUGGCGCAAGCGUCGUUGCGUCGCUCCACUGCGCGUCCCUCAAGUCCGGCUCCGUGCUGGACCCGCCCGUGCGCACGUCCGUGCUCACGGCCUACGCCAGGGCGCGCGACGCGGGCGCCGCGCUGGCGCUGUUCGACGAGGCCGUCGCCCCCGACGUGAUCCUGUGGAACGCGACCAUCAACGCCUUGACGCUGAACCGCCGUUACGAUGACGCCGUGGCCGUUUUCGGGCAGAUGGCGCGCGUGCUCGGGGCGUUUGAUUCAACGACAGUUGUCGUCAUGCUGUCUGGUGCGUCCCGCGCGGGUAACCUAGGGCAUGGGAUGGCGGUUCACGCCAUGGUGAUGAAGAGAUGCCUCGACGCCGACCAUCUGAGCCUUUGGAACGCUCUCGUUGACAUGUAUGCAAAGUGCGGUGAUUUUGACUCUGCGGAGGGUGCGUUUCAGGGGAUGCCAUGCAGGGAUACUGCCUCAUGGAACUCUGUUAUAAGUGGAAGCAUAUUCAAUGGACUUGCUGAGGUUUCCGCAUGUUACUUCAAGGAAAUGACCCGUUCCAUCUUUCAGGCAGACGAGUGGACCCUGUCUUCAGCCCUCUCAGCUUGCUGUCGUCUGGAUGACCUUUUCUCCUUUGGGGAGUCGGUUCAUAGCUGUGUGGUCAAACUCGGUUAUGAGGACACUACAUCUUGCUCGGUGGCGAAUUCCCUGACGACGUUCUAUUCCGAGUUUGGGUUGCCAGAGGCUGCGGAGAAGGUAUUUGCCAGCACUUCCAACAAGAAUUUGGUAUCAUGGAAUGCUAUGAUCAAGGGGCUGGUCGAGAAUGGAAGAGUAAGUGAAGCCCUUGUUGUUUUCCGGGAAAUGAGAGCAGAGAACCGGCCAGAUGUUGCCACUUUGGUGACCGUAAUUUCAGCUUGUGGUGAUCAAGGCCUACUUUCUGAAGGGAAAGCAAUCCAUGGGUACAUAAUCAGAAAAAUACUUCUUCAUGAGGAGCCAUCCUUAGGAAAUAGCUUACUUGGUUUGUAUUUGGAAUGCGACAACCCGUCCACUGCAGGCCUUUUGUUUAGAACGAUGCCAAUAAGAGACCUGAUAUCGUGGAACACAAUGAUUUCUGGUUACUCAAGAAAUAGUUUACUGAGAGAAGAGGCUCGGUCACUGUUCAAAGAAUUACUUUCUGAGGGUUUAAGCUGCAGCUUGACCACUAUGCUAGCUGUCAUACCAUCCUGCUCUAGUCCUGAAGAACUAGGCUUUGGCGAAGCACUUCACUCUUUCACCCUGAAGUACGGACUUACAAGUGGAGUUUCAGCUGUUAAUGCUUUGAUGCACAUGUAUAUAAGCUGUGGUGACUCACUGGCUGCCUUUUCGCUGAUGGAAAGAAUGAUACUGGUGUCAGAUAUUGUUUCAUGGAAUACAAUUAUAGCUGGCUGUGUACAUAAUGGACUCUACAAAGACGCAUUGGAAGCCUUUCAGUUCAUGCACUCCUCUCAGGCCAUAAAUCCUGACAGUAUUACAUUAGUUAGCAUCUUAUCGGCAUGUGGAAAUCUUAAUCUGCAAUCACUAGGGAAAUCCAUCCACUGUAUAACUUUGAAGCACUUGCUUGCAUCCAAUUUGAGGGUGAGAAAUGCAUUGUUAGCCAUGUACUUUGGCUUAGGAGAUACUAGAAGUGCUGAGUUAGUUUUCCAUAGCAUGGGAAAUAAAAAUUUGUGCUCCUGGAAUUGCAUGAUCUCUGGUUUCACGCAGAACAACAAAGGCUGGAGUGCAUUGCAGUUCUAUCAGAAGAUGGAGGAUUUUGCACCAAAUGAAAUAUCUAUAGUCGGUAUUAUCUGUGCUUGCACACAACUUGGGAAUUAUAGACAAGGAAAGAGCAUACAUGGGCAUGUGGUCAGGUCUGGUCUGAAAAUUAAUGCUUUUAUUUCAGCGUCACUUGUUGAUAUGUACUGCAAGUGUGGAAGAUUGGACAUUGCUGUCAGAGUAUUUGAAGCUUCUGCUGAAAAAUCAAUUGCUGGCUGGAACUCCAUGAUAUCAGCUUUUGGAUUCCAUGGCCAUGGGUUGAAAUCUGUAGAACUUUUCUGGAAGAUGAAUGAUUCUGGAACGAAAGCCACUAAAAGCACUUUUAUUGCUCUUCUGUCAGCUUGCAGUCACUCUGGACUUGUUGAUGAAGGAUGGAAGUAUUAUCACAUUAUGUCAGAAAAGUUUGGGAUUAUCCCAACCCCAGAACACCAUGUGUGCAUUGUAGACAUGCUUGGACGGGCUGGUCGUUUGCAGGAAGCACACAAAUUUGUGGAUAGUUUACCAUCCCAACAAGCACAUGGAGUUUGGGGUGCACUUUUAAGUGCUUGUAGUAGCAAGACUGAACUCAAGAUGGGUGAAUCCAUUGCCAAGCAUUUGCUCUGUUUGGAGCCUGAAAAUAGUGGCUAUUAUGUGACUAUUUCUAACCUUUAUGCACACCGAGACAUGUGGAGUGGUGCAGUCCAAGUUAGGAGCAUUUUGCAAGAUAAAGGAUUGAUUAAGCCCCAUGGCCAUAGCAUUGUAGGUUAAAAGGGGGAUCGUCAACAAUAGAGUCUGAGAGCAGAGAGGAAGGGAAGGGUGGGUCGGUGGUUAGUUAUUCUCACUGCCAUGCAGGACUCCAUCAGGUGGUAAGGGCAUACUUGCAUAUACCCAAAACCUGGAGGGAUGACAUGAAAAAGCAGUUGUUAGAAGAGAGGACUAGAGUGAUGAUAGAUGGCUAUCUGUGUGACACACAACCACCCAAUCACCCCUCUCACUCUCCCCCUCCCCCUCCCCCCCCUCUGCACCACUCAAAACCUCAGCCCCCUCUCCAUUUCUCCCGUCCUCUCCUUCCUUCUGGACACCAGCCCUGCAGCUUCCCCAGUAAGCUCCCUCGAGAGCCACCAGGCUGCAGGAUGGCCGCAGUGAUGAAGACUCUUGCCAUUGCCUCGCCGGUCUCGGCACAGGCACAGCCCCGUCGAUGUCUCGCAGGUUCAGGUGCCCCUAGCCAACAGAGCCUGCAGUCCUCCUUCAACGGCGUGUCCCUGCAGUGCCGGCCGGCAUUCCCACCACGGCCGUGCUGCUCCCGGUCAUCGUCGGUGCAGGUGGUGAUGAUGGCGAAGCCUUCGAUCCAG